GCGCUCCCGCCAGCCCGCCCACCUCCACAUGCACACACCCGCGGCGGGAGGAGGAAGGGCAUCUUUCUCGUCGAUUUCGUUUCGCCAGUUUCAUUUAUCCCCCUUCUCGCCCUUUUUUCUUCUCCUUCGUCUUCUCUUUUUUUUUUUUUUUUUAAUUAAUUUUUAUUUUAUUUUUAUCACUGCAAUUAUUUGUCGGGGUUCUCCGGCGGAUCCCGGCGGAAAAGGUGGAUCGCUUCUCAGAGGGUCCCCGCGGCUCCUGGGGAAGGUUGCUGACACUGUGGCUGCAGUUUACUCACGAGAUCCCAACCGAACACUAGUAUUUGAAGAGCCACUUGGACAGGCACAGCUCCUCGCCCAGCAUGCCUUUCAAAGCUGGAUUAGAACUGACCGAAUUGCAGAAUAUGACUGUCCCUGAAGAUGAUAACAUCAGCAAUGAUUCAAAUGAUUUCACAGAAGUGGAAAACGGCCAGAUAAAUAGCAAGUUUAUUUCGGAUCGAGAAAGCAGAAGAAGUCUCACAAACAGCCACCUCGAGAAGAAGAAAUGUGAUGAAUAUAUCCCAGGAACUACUUCAUUGGGAAUGUCCGUCUUCAACCUUAGCAAUGCAAUUAUGGGCAGUGGGAUUUUGGGUCUUGCUUUUGCCUUGGCCAACACAGGAAUUCUCCUUUUUCUGCUGCUUUUGGUUUCAGUCACGCUGCUGUCUAUUUAUUCAAUACAUCUCCUGUUGGUGUGCUCAAAGGAAACAGGCUGCAUGGUGUAUGAAAAGCUUGGUGAGCAGAUCUUUGGUACCCCAGGGAAAAUGAUUGUCUUUGGAUCUACAUCUCUUCAGAAUGUUGGAGCAAUGUUGAGCUAUCUCUUCAUAGUCAAAAAUGAGCUGCCUUCUGCCAUAAAGUUUCUAAUGGGAAAAGAAGAAACUUUUUCGGAAUGGUACGUGGACGGGAGGAUUCUUGUUGUCGCAGUGACGUUUUGUAUAAUCCUCCCUUUAUGUCUCCUGAAGAACUUAGGAUACCUUGGCUAUACCAGUGGAUUUUCAUUAAGCUGCAUGGUAUUUUUCCUGGUAGUGGUUAUUUACAAGAAGUUUCAAAUUCCCUGUGAUGGACAAGCGCUAAAUGCAACAUCAUCUAUUCUAUCAAAUAGCUCAGAACAUACGUGUAAGCCAAAGUAUGUUAUCUUUAAUUCCAAGACCGUGUACGCUUUGCCCACCAUUGCUUUUGCGUUUGUGUGCCACCCAUCAGUCCUCCCGAUUUACAGCGAACUUAAAGACCGUUCACAGAAAAAAAUGCAGUUGGUUUCAAAUAUCUCAUUUUUUGCCAUGUUUCUGAUGUACUUUAUGACUGCCAUAUUUGGCUAUUUGACUUUCUACGAGAAUGUGCAGUCAGAUCUGCUUCACAAGUACCAGAGCAAAGAUGACAUCCUCAUCCUGACCGUGCGCUUGGCUGUGAUCGUGGCAGUGAUUCUCACUGUGCCGGUGCUGUUUUUCACUGUUCGUUCAUCAUUAUUCGAGAUGGCCAGAAAAACAAAAUUUGACUUAUGCCGUCAUGUUUUUGUUACUUUGGUUCUUUUGGUUAUCAUCAACCUGUUAGUCAUUUUUAUCCCAUCCAUGAAGGAUAUUUUUGGAGUUGUAGGGGUCACUUCUGCCAAUAUGCUGAUCUUCAUUCUUCCUUCAUCGUUGUAUUUAAAAAUUACACAGCAGGAUGGAUCAAAGUUGACUCAGAGGAUUUGGGCUUCUCUUUUUUUGGCACUGGGGGUAUUGUUUUCCCUGGUGAGCAUUCCCUUGGUCAUCUAUGACUGGGUACAAUCAGGAGGCAGUGCCGAAGGCCACUGAAGUUCACCCUCUUCUCAAAAGAAGAUACCCCUGUUUGCUACACACCAAAAUCGCAACCAUCCGUUCUGUUUAUUCCACUUUUUGUGAGUUUACUCAAAUCAAAUCCAAAUAAUGAUUAUCCAGUACUGAAAAUACUGUCAUGGGAGUAUUUUCUUGCAGAAAACAGACCCAUUCUUCCAGCAGGCGUGUCACUCUCUGAUCAGCAAAAAGUCUGUGUUAAUUGUCCAUGAGAUCAUAUAGAGCAUCGCUUAUAGAAAUUCAUCACAAUUAGUUUCCCCUCUUCCACCCAUGAAUUGCAUUGUUCCAUUAUUUUCCUCAGCCCUCCAGCCACAAGCUCUGCUCCUUUAGGGCAGCAGCACCUGUUGCUAUCAAUUCCAACUGGAGUGUUGUCCGUUCAUAUCCUUCCCCCCUUUUUUAGCCAAAACUCUGCUCUCUAAUCGUACGCAUCUGGUUUGUUGGUUUGUUUGUUUGUUCUGUUGCUCUUCCAGGCACCAUUUGCCUCACUGGGUUAAGUGUAGCAUUCUGGAUACAGGCAUGAAAAGCACCACGAGAGUGUAGCUGAGUGCUGUGUAAGCGUAGGUCCUAAAUCCGGUGCUUCUCUUCAUGUUUUGGGGGGCGAACCAGGCCCAGGGCUUGGCCCAUUCAUAGCUCUGGGGAACAGACUGUGUGUGUCUUUGUGAUGUGGAGCAGGGAGCAGGAGGACAGCCACCACCACCAGCCACUAUUCCUCUGGCACACUUGAGCUGGAGAUUGACCAGAACUUGACCCCAAACCAUGAGUACUUGUGUCUGAAGAGAAGCAGACAUUUGGAGAUUUCCAUAAGAAGUCUGCAUUUUCUUCAGCAUUAAACUGUUUAGUAAUGCCCCAUUGGUCUCAGAAAAAAAAUACCAAGCUCCAGUUUUAUCAAAACCUGCGCAUUUAAUCAUACCUCAUGCCUUUUCCAUACCUUGUAGGGACUGGCGCCUCUCUUGUGUCUUACCCUCCUCCCACUGAAGUCAGUGGGGUUUUUGACAGCAGUGGGAGCAGGAUUUGACUCACUCUGCCAAACUACUAAAUUUCUAAUGGAAAUUGAAAUCUGCAAUAUUUCUUUAAAUGAACAGAAAUACUUUAUAUAUUUAAAAGAUUUCAUUUACAUUUUUCAUUAGUUCUGCAUAACACUUCAUAUUCUAGGUGCUAUGCAGAACAUAACACUUAGAAGUAACACAGCUAGUGUUAUUGUACUAGCAGAAACACUGUAACUUGCAACAGUUGUCCACAGAAUAAGCAUUUGCCUAAUGCCUUAUAGCUGGUGUAGAGAACCACAUGUAGAGACUCAAAAGCUAAGCAGGUGAUCACUCACCAUCCUGAGCAGGCAUCUUCUAUUAGUGCACUGCCAGCAGCAUAAACGUGUUCACUUUAUGUCAUUCACCAUGCGAGCUAAAGAGUGUCUGAGAAUAUGAACGUGGCUCCUACUGAAAGAACUGAUGGCUAGAGGGAGCCCCGCUUCAUGCCCAAGGGCUGUGAUGCCCUUGAUAUGCUCCAGCCAUACCUGUCAGUAUGUAGUGACCCUCUUGUUCUCAGUGUCUGGUUCAUUGACUACUCUCUUUCUAACUGUGGAAACAGACCAUCAUCAGCUGUGAGGAACCUGUCAUUGCAACUUACUCUUUUUAAGGUUAGGGAUAGAGUAUUUGGGAUCUUGGGAUUUCUGUAAGCUACUGAAUUGCCUCAGUUGCUAUUACCUUGUAAUGUAACACCUUACCAUUGUUUGAAGUCACUGAGAGUUGAGAUCACAGAACACAUCUCAGGACCCUGAAAGUUGGUUUCUAAAGAUAACAUCCAGAGAGGUUAGUUUGAGGCCUUCCCAGAAAUUUGGGCAUUGAGAUGCAGAGUGUUCAUGCUGCAGAAACUAAGCCUACUAAGCCCAGACUGCCAGAUCUGUACCGUAGCAUAGACAGUGAGGUGCUUGCCUCUGAUGCUACUUCACUAUGAUCCAGAAAUAAGGCAGAGUGGAUUCCACAAGCUUCCAAAAUAUUUGGAGUAGCCUAGAAGCAAGAACAAAACUAGAAACCUCCCAGCAAGGUCUCUGGUGCAUCAUUCUUUCUCCCAAGCACUCCCUAGCCCAGCCUUUAACAUACAAACUGCUGAGCUACCUGGGACCCCUGCACUAAGAUCCCUUCUAUUUCCCUGUGGGUGGUAUCAGACCCUUAUCUGUGAUGGUGCAGAUCACCAGUUCUUUCUGUGCUGUCCCCUUAUGGGACUGAUCCCUGCCCUUAUUCACAGAGAAGUCCAUACCAUAGCCUACAAGACCAGGUGUUAGGCGAGCUCUGUGGAGAAGAGACUGUGCUUUGUUCCUAUCUCUUUGCACCUUAUUCUAGGCGUCUUCUCAGCCUGGGAUGUAAACUUUUCCUUUUGCAGGCACCCAACCCUCAGUGGUCACUACAGCAGAAGCCCAGCAUCUCACUCCAUUCUCUGACUCAGCUUGCUGAGGUUGCAUUUCAGGUUUUGAGGUGCCUUAUAAUCUCUCUGGGUCUUAUCCUAAAAACCUAACUCAGACCUGAGAAUGCCGUGCAGUGUUAUCCUUAAGAUGUUACCAGGCUCUCCUUCUUUCCGCCCCCUUUGUCUUUCUUCUACUACUGAUUAAUGAGCAGCACAGUGCUGUGCACUGGGGAGUUGUGAGAGACGAGAUCCUGGGAAAGAUUUUCAAGUCUCCAGGUAUGAGCCAGAGGUCUGAUCUGCUGCACAGGAUUCCAGCAAGGUCACAUAUGUGACCUCCUCCUUCCUCCCGUACCUCCUCCCAAAUAGUCUGUAGUCUGCUGUUUGAAAUACGAACCAUUGAGUUUUGGCACCCAACUUCCUUCAGCUUGAAGGGCUGUUGGGUCAGUGAUUGUUCAUCUUCCCAAAUCUCCUCCAUCACUAUUCCUCUCUCUCCUCUUUGCUAUUCUGCCUUCUCCUUUUCCCCAGUUUAUUUGUAUACUGGAGUUUUACUGAAUAAAUAGGGAGAAUAAGCUGAGUGUGCAUAGAAGUGAAAUUACCCAAGGUACAGAACCACCAAAGCAUGUCUUAUAUACUGAAAAAUAGAUACCCAAAAUAUUAAGUCUUUAAACAGACUUAGUUUCUGGGUCUCAAUUUAAAAAAAAAAAAAAAAAAAAAGAAAAAAAAAAGAAAGAGGGAAUUUUGCUUAGACUGAUUUACUGGCAUCAUAUUUGUAGAUAUUUAUGGAAAGGAAUCAUGUGUUUUUUGAUGUCUGUGGUAAUGAACGUGAAAUAACGUGCUUUUUGUUUUCUCAUCAGGUUUAUACAUUCUUAACAGAAUGCAAUAGACCCUGCUGUAACUGUCAACAUCAGUGAUGGAUGACAAUAUUUGUAUGAGGUUAUCUGUAAAAUGUACUGCUGUUAUUCAGUUCAUUUGGAAUAGUGAACCUGUAGCCACGAUUGUACAAGUCCCACAUUUUAGUUAGGAUUUUAAGAGCACAGUGAAAUGCUAUAGGAGUUUCUCUGUUGUAAAAUUAUUAGGAUCCAGAGUACCAUAUCUACUUAGUAGGUGAUAGCAUGCUUUCUUUUCAUAGAGAGUUUAUCACUAUUGUGAGCACUGCAAAUGUCAUAGACUGGAUGCAAAAUUGCUCCUAAUAACUGCAACAAAAAAAUUUUAAAAUUCUUAUUUGCAUAGUAGCAACAAUUGAGUGGUGAGGGACAAGGAAGGACUAAUUAGAAGCAGGGAUUACUAAUAAGAUUGUAAGAGUUAAUCCUACACUUAAAAGACAGCCUUGCUGCCUCUCCUAGUCCAGAGCACAUUGCAAAGAAAAUAGUUAUGGGCUUACAGCAGCCGUAAUACAGCUGCCCUUCUCUGUCUAAUGGCAAACAUGCCUAGGUAGUAAAACAUAGUAAAUUGUUAUUUGGGAGCAGUAUCUCGGGGCAGUCACCUCUCUGGGUGAUGCGCACUCCUGGUCAGAGGGCCAAUGCCAAAUCUGUGCACCAGCACAGACCUUUUGUAGAGCUGACACAGACCAAGGGGUGCCUGGCACAUGGGCAAGACUAGGGCACAAAAGCUGGUGUCAUCCUGUGAGGUCAGGGAUGGGGAUGCUCAUCCAUUCUGAAGGCUCUGCUCUUCUGAGCCACAUAUGAACCCAAAGCCUGUGCUCCACCUGUAAUAUGUCACACAUGCAAGUGUGGGUUGGAUGGUGUGUGGGUUUUGUCUGUACAUCUGCCUUACAGUGCAUAAGCGCAACACAGCUCUCUGAUAUUGAGUAUUAAACAGUAACAAUUAAUGGUAUGUCUAGUUUAAAUUUAUACAUUUCUUUGCUUGAACCUUACAUUAAGGCUAAAGAGCACCUUGGUCAAAACAAAACUUUUCAUGUGGUGGUGUCCCACCUCCAGUCCUACUGCCCCACCCCAGUGCCUGUAGGAGAAAGGCACCACAGAAUGUACUCAGCUCCAUCAGCAGCUCCAUGAGAUGGCUUUAUCAGCUGGCGCCACGGUGCUUUCAUAAACAAAUCCCCAGAGCCCUUGGCGUCAGAAAAUCCUUAUUUCCUGUAAAGUACAGCCAAGAAUGUUUUAUUUGUAUCUAAUGUAAGGAUUUCUGUAAUGAACUGUGAAAAAAAAAAAAGAUAAGGAAUUAAUAAAAGGUACAGGGCUGGAAAGUCUAGAAUUCACAAACUGUACACAUACCUAUGUUUCUGAAGACAAAUCUAUGCAGUUGUGUUGUAUUGUAGGAAAUUUCAUUUUUAUGUACAUAUAUAUUGUAAAUAAAUAGGAUGCUGUAUAUUUUUGCAGUUGGUUAUCCCCUAUGAAUAGAAGUGUUGAGAUAGGCUCUGCAUAUUAAGAAUGAUUUUAAUAGAAAUACAAAUACUUUAGCUUCUUAGCAAAAUGUAUAUCCUUUUCUUUCUCCCGAGAGUUCACAAGUUAAAUCCUAAACUUGAAAUUAUAAUUACCUCCCUAAAGUAAAAAGAGAAAUAAAAGGUCCAGUUAAAUUGCUAGAAUCAAUUCCAGUGAAUGACUCCCUGUUUUCUCAACAGCAAGUCUGCCAGUCUUCCUGUUGGGAAAAAUAUCUCCCUUGGUAAAGGGCCCCUUUGGUACCCAGACACCUCUUACCUUCUCAGCUGGGGUCAUUUGGGAGUAAAGUGCUGAGGAGGGUUUAUGGAAGAAGCCAUGGCAAACUGCAGCCAGCAAUUUGACCUAGCAUUAUGCCGUGUUGUAUCCAGGCAUGUAUUUACCCAACUAGUACAAACAGAAGUCAGGGCAGAGCUUCUGCAUUUCCAUUUUCAGCCAUCAGAAAUGCCAGUAGUUCAGAAAAAAAAAAGUAUGACAAGUCAGGGGUCAGCAGCAACCAGAGCAAUUGGUGCCAUUUCCAGCGCCCUCCCUUCCUGCAGAGUCCUGUGGCUGCUCCGCCUCAGAUCCUGCUGCUCUCAUGCAACCAAAAUGCUGGCACCUGAGACUGCCAAGAGCUUCCCUGGCCAGGGACUGCUUGCACAUCCCACUCCAUGAACAGGCAGACUUCUUUGGAUAGCUGUGUCCAGGGGUGAGGGCUGGGUAUGUCUUGAGAGUGCAUCCAUCAGAGGCCUUGUGUAGACUUUCUUACUGGUAAAGCAUGGAAAUGUUUUUUUGGGACUGCUGAAAAAUGGAGGUUAAGAAAUGCAUCUAAAAAUAAUUGUGGGUUUUUUCCAUAUUUACUUUAUGGGCUUGGAUGAAAAUGAAACUUGAAAUAACAUUUGCUUUUAUCAUGAGCACAAAUUUGAGGGGGAAAACCCUAUAUACAGUCAGUUCUACAGAGCUUUUCAAAUUAAUACCAGUAUAUGUUUUGUUUUCAGUGUUAUAGCCAACAAAAUAUAAACUGAAAAGGUAUUUUUCCACUAGACUUGAACUUUACAUUGUUUAUAGAAACCUGGUUUUAGUGUCCCAACAUAUGCUAAGGCUCACACAGAUCCAGUAUAAACAAUGUUGUUUGAACGAUGUAUGCUUCAUACAAGCUCAUGUCUAAUAGAUUGUUGAAGUGAGUCAUUGGUAAUAUUUUGCUCCUUUUAACAUCACCUGUUAACUUUGUGCUGCUCAUAUCCAAAUAAACAACACAGUUUUUCAGUUUCUAUGUGUAAAUAAAAUGUAUCAAGUUCUAUGA